UGACAGGGGGUGGACGCUUCACAUAAAUUGAAAGUGACAAAUUAUUUCAUUUUCAUAUGUAACUCACUGUUUUGGGACCUUUGAUAUUUUUAACUUCAAGUGUUUUUAAUUGCAAUUGUGAGCUGCUCAUCACAAGUUAACAAACUCCCCAAGGGAGAUGGAUCACUGUUUGUUGUUUCUUCUACUCCUGUUAAUGGGUGGAAGUGGUUUGUGUCACCAAGAGGAAGUUUGCGCGAAGUCAGUGAUCAACACCUGCAAUGACUGUAUCAGAUCUGGGCCAUACUGUGUGUGGUGCCAACAGCUGAAUUUCACCAAAGCUGGUGAGAGGGAAACAGCACGCUGUGACACCCAAGCUCAGUUGAUAGCAAAAGGCUGUAAGAAGGAGGAAAUCAUCUCCCCCCAGAACGGUGUCUUCAUCAGCAAGAAUGAAAAUCUCACCAGUUCAUUCAAGGAGCAGGGUGCUGUUCAGCUCAGCCCACAGAAGAUUAGUCUGAAACUGCGCCCUGGGCUUCCUGCAACAUUCAAUGUUUCUUUUAAGAGAGUUCAGGGUUAUCCAGUUGAUCUCUACUACCUGAUGGACCUGUCUUUCUCCAUGAAAGAUGACUUGGAAAAUGUCAAAGGACUUGGACAAAAACUUUUUGCAGCUCUGAAGAAUAUCACUGCACAUGCUCAAAUAGGGUUUGGUGCCUUCGUUGAUAAGACAGUCCUCCCUUACACCAACACCAACAAGGACAAACUGGAGAGGCCAUGUGAUGAGAACUACCAACAGUGUCAGGCAGCCUUUGGCUACAGACAUGUGCUCAGUAUGACAUCACGGGAGGAUGAUUUUAGAACAAAAGUGAAACAGCAGUUCAUUUCUGGAAACUUGGAUUCUCCUGAAGGAAGUCUUGAUGCCAUGAUUCAGGCUGCUGUAUGUGGGGAAAAAAUUGGAUGGAGGAAUAGCAGCACUCGACUGAUUGUACUGACCACUGAUGAUGGAUUCCACAUGGCUGGUGAUGGAAAAUUGGCAGGAAUUCUGGAACCCAAUGAUGAAAAAUGCCACAUGGAGAACAGCCUUUAUACCAAGAGCAGUGAGAUGGACUACCCUUCUGUUGGACAAUUAGCUAUGCAGUUGGAAAAAAACAAUAUUCAACCAAUAUUUGCAGUGACAAAAAAUAUGGAGGUUGUGUACAAGCAACUCUCUCAAAUGAUACCAAAAUCAGAGGUGGGAGUUCUGUCAUCAGAUUCUAACAAUGUUGUUCAGUUGAUUGAAAGUGCCUACAAUCGGUUGUCCUCCAAAGUAACUGUGACCCAUGACAAUCUCCCAGACAAUGUAAGAGUUGUCUACACACCUAUAUGCAAAAAUGCAGGACCAGCAGGGGACAGCAAAGGGGUGUGUGACAAUGUGCGUGUGGGACAAGAGAUCUCCUUUGAAGUCACUGUCACAGCACACUCAUGUAUGGAGAACAAGUCUUUCACUAUCAGACCACUGGGCAUUAAGGACACAUUGACUGUGAGCUUAUCUACAAACUGUGAUUGUAAGUGUGAGGACCCUUCUGACAAAAGCCACACACACUGCAGUGAGAAGGGAGGAGUUCACUGUGGUAUCUGCAGCUGCCAUGAUGGCUUUGUUGGUCAGUUCUGCAACUGUUCCAUUGGCAAUAAAGACGAGUUGUCCUUACGGGCAUCUUGUAAGAGGCAGAAUGGAACAGACUGUGAGGGUCGUGGAGACUGUGUGUGUGGCAGGUGCCAGUGCCACACCACAGAGAAUGGACUGCGUUACCAUGGGGACUUCUGCGAGUGUGAUGAUGAACACUGUGAAAAGUUCCAGAAUAAACUGUGCGGAGGAAAUGGUAGGUGCAAAUGCGGAAGAUGUGACUGUAAUACAGGCUAUGAGGGCUCAGCCUGUCAGUGCAUGGUGUCUGAGGAGGGCUGUCGAACACUAAACAACACUGUGUGCUUCGGUAGAGGAUCUUGCAAGUGCAACCGCUGUCAGUGUAAGGAGGGAUACCAGCGGCCACACUGCCAGCACUGCCUCGGCUGCCCUGACGCAUGCCAGACCAAACUGAACUGCAUUGAAUGCCUUGGCUUUGACUCUGGUCUCUUUAAGAAAAACUGUAGUGUGGCUUGCAGCAAGAGCAUUUUUCAUGGGAUGGUAGAGCAGUUCACAAUAACAAGCAAGCCGUGCCAGCAGAAGGACUCUGAAGGCUGCUGGAUCAAAUAUAGGCUGGACCAGCUGGUUGGAGAGGAUUACUACAGGGCUGAAAUUCUGAAACAGAGAGACUGUCCAAAACCACCCAACGUCAUAGCUAUUAUCGGAGGCUCCAUAGUGUCUGUGGCUCUUAUUGGAAUCUUGGUGCUGAUGCUCAUCAAGUUAUUAUUCUACAUGAGGGACCUGAAGGAGUUCAGGAAAUUUGAAAAUGAAAGGAAAAAGUCACAGUGGGCAAAGGCUGACAACCCACUGUUCCAGAAUGCCACCACCACUGUGGCCAACCCAACAUUCACUGGAGAAUGAGGUCUUCUACUGCAGCAGGAAAACGCUCAGCAUUGCUUUGUACUAUUAUAAUUGUGUGAGACUUAUGUUAGUUGAAUUUCUUUUGUAAUGCUCAUGCUCAGGAAUAUUUUAAUGCAAUUUUUGCACUAAAAGCUACCCAUUAACAUUACCUGCACACUUAAUUUCAUUGCCCAUUUCACAUGAAAUUAUAAUUUUCAAUUCUCUUUUUCAUUCAUAUCAAAACUGUUGUAAUGCUUUGUAUAAAAUAAUUAUAUUUUACCCUGUCUUUGUCAGGUAUAGUACAAUCCACUUUCUGAGGAUUGUAUUUGUGCAGGCAGAGGCAGAUUCUUUUUAAUAGUUCAAUAAAAAAUUAAUAAAUCA